AUAUUAAUUAAAUAUAUUGUAAAAAUUAUCUAACGUUAAUUUUCAAAGGUAGGCAAACUUUUCAAACAACAAGUCUUGCAAGCAAUCAAUAAACUGGAUCCGAAAUCGCAGGACGCAGAAUCAAGCUGUUGUCAAACUGUUUGUGCAGUAUGAACUAAAAUUGUUUAAUAUCAACAUAAAUUGCUUGAUCGAUCGCAGGUUUAAUCUGUUUUACUGAAACUUUUCAAAUGGAAUGGUCUCGAGAGAAAACGUUGAAAUUAGUCGGAUUACUACAAGUAAAUGCAGCGCUUUGGAAUCCUAGCAAUUGUGAAUCUAGGCGUGGGAAACAAAAACGCAAACAGGAGCUUCGUUCGAUUGCAAAUACAUUUAGAAUAUCGGUUUUCGACGUAACUAAGAAAGUACAGCAUUUGAGGACACAAUAUAACAGAGAAUUUGCUCGAGAGGCUCUAGCCCGUUCUCAAGAUCCAAAUGAUAGAUAUGUUACAAAUUGGUAUGCCUAUGAUUACUUACACUUUUUAAAGGACUCAAACAAGCCAUACAAACUUGUUCAUUCGGAUAUUUAUACAUUUAACAAUACAUCAACUGAUAAUGCAAUAUCACCUGAUGAGAAUAAAAAUAAUGCCUUAUCACCGCCACCUAAAUUGGCAAGAACUGAUAAUAUAUUGGAUUCCGACUUAGUUUACUCAUCAACAGCAAAGAGAGAUGAAUUUUCAGUAUUUGGGGAGUACAUUGCAAAUGAAUUGCGUUCACUAAAAUGUGAAAGAAGCCUAUUACUUGCUAAAAAGAGAAUACAAGAUGUAAUAUUUGAUGUCAAAAUGAAUAUGCUAGGUGAAUUUAGUCUGAAACCCACCAAUGUCUUCACAACUGCUAUUUCACAAGCUGAGCCAGUGCGGAAUGAAAAAUUAUUGUAUACUGUACCUGUUUUUAACAGUAAUGAAGCAUUACCAACAUCUCAAGCACCUCCAACAUCAGCAAAUGAUGAGAUUAUUAUUAAUGGGACCUGCCACUAUUCAACAUUCAAAGUGGAUGAACAAUAGCAAUGCCAACCACUUCCCAAUGUGGAAGUGGAUAAACCUGAAGAAUAUGAUAUGAGACAUUGAGUUAUUGUCUCUUUAUGGAGAUAUAAUCUGAAGUGAUUUGUGAACUUGUCCAAAAUUUCAAUUUAAAAACUUGUAUUUUAGAAGAAAAUUGUAAUUCAUGACUUCAACAAUUUUGUAUUGUAUUUAUUACUAUAUAGAUUAAUUGUAAAUGUAAAUAAAUAUGUUUAUAAAAGAUUCAGUAUUAUCAAGACAGUAUUAUAAAGUGAUACACAUAUUCAUACAAAUAUGUAUAAUUGCACUCUCUUAACUAAAGUAUUAAUCUCUCUCUUUUGUCAAAUUGUGUGAAUAUUGAUAUAUUAAGAGACAGGUGAGCGCUUUAGUUAAAAUAAUAAUAAAUGGAAAUAAAUAAAUUUCU